GUGCGCGCGCGCGCUGGCUGCUCUGCUGCUGGGCUAAAAUUAGCGUCAGCGGCCGCAAAUAUGUGGAUCAGAAUCCGAAUUAAGCAGCUUCUAAAUGAAAACUGCGGACGCACGCGCCCGUAUCUGGGCUCGCGCUCACACACGCCACCGGUGAAUAGGACGGCAGCCGUGCCCCAGGACGUCAUGCACCAUUUUUAGAGACGCUCUAAAAAUAGACAGAGUCGGUGAUGAUUUUGGUUGUCCGGACUCUGUCAGCUAUGAUUCUCUCCCUGGCCGCGGUGGCAGCCAUGAGUAGCGGCGGCGGUAGCAGCCUCAACUCCUCUUCUCCCCUCGACCCCUUUGACUCCUCCACCCCGUGGAGCCUGGUUGAGGACCCCGCCAACUCUUCGUCGGAACCUGUAGUGCAAACUGUGACCCCUGACCUCCGGCCGGCCACCACCGCCGUCGCUCUUCAGGAAGUCAGCCCGUGGGACAUUGCGCUUUGCGUGACAGGGACUCUCAUUUCCUGCGAGAAUGCCCUGGUGAUCGCUGUGCUGUUCUACACGCCGACGCUUCGCGCUCCCAUGUUCAUCUUGAUUGGAUCGCUGGCGGUGGCGGAUCUCCUGGCCGGCCUGGGCCUCAUCUUGAACUUUGUCUUCACCUAUCUGAUCGACAGCUCGGUGGAGUUCGUGACAUUGCUGUCCGUUGGACUGUUGAUCUCGGCCUUCUCAGCGUCUGUCUUCAACAUCCUCGCCAUCACGGUCGACCGGUACCUCUCGCUUUACAACGCCCUGACCUACCACACUGAACGGACAGUCACCUUCACCUACAUCAUGGUGGUCUUCAUCUGGGUGUUGUGCCUCACGCUCGGCCUGUUGCCGGCGCUGGGCUGGAACUGUCUGAGAGACGAGAGCACGUGCAGCAUCUGCCGACCUGUCACUAAAAACAACGCCGUGGCACUCGCCGUCACUUUCUUAUUGGUCUUUGCCCUCAUGAUGCAGCUCUACCUUCAAAUCUGCAAAAUCGCCUUCCGCCAUGCGCAGCAGAUCGCGGUGCAGCACCAGUUUGUGGCCAUCUCCACCACCAAAGGUGUCUCCACACUGUCGGCCAUCCUGUGUGCCUUCGGGGUGUGCUGGCUGCCAUUCGCUAUGUACUCCAUUGUGGCUGACUACAGCUACCCCGUAAUAUACACCUACGCCACGGUCCUCCCAGCCACCUGCUGCUCUGUAAUCAACCCCAUCAUCUAUGCGUUCCGAAACCCAGACAUCCAGAAGUCGCUAUGGAUGGCCUGCUGUGGGUGUGUCCCCUCCAACCUCUCCUUAAGACCCAGGACCUCCAGUGAUGUGUAGCAGGGAAGGUUGGUGUCUCCUUAGUGUGAUGCUUGAGGUCGAGUCAGGGUUGGAGGAACAAGAGGUGGCGAGGACGAAAGAGGAAAGAGAUUUCCUCUGCUUCUCAUAUCGGGGCAGGCUGAUGGCGGACACUCAGCUGGCCGCUGUAGAUGUGGCACUGGUGGAUGAUGGAGAAGAGGAUGAUGCAUGGUCAAAAAAAGGAAAAUAAAGAAAAACGAUAUGAAAGUUUGUAGCCUUGAGAAAACCAAAAUGAUGGAUGGAGAUGGUGUAGAAACCAACUGCAAACGCCUGUUUAAGGUAUCCUCAUCAUGGGUGUGGGAGCUGGGGUAGGAGGUGGGGGAUGUGUCAGGUGACUUUUCCUCUGGCCUCUGUUAGGGUGCGAAAAGUGAGGCCUGCUUCUCAAGAGUAGCAUAUAUGUGAAGCUGAGAUUUAGGAAGAAAUUUGCUAAAUCUCUGUAUGUCCUGAGGCUGGGCAGCACUGCAUGGUUAUGCAAUCAGAAGGAGUGAAACAGUCUUAAAAUACUUGUUUGUGUUUUAACUGAUGUGUUUGAAAUUAAGUGGCGUGUGGAUAAAAAUACAAUGAGCUAAAUAUACACAAGGAACGACCUUGAAAAUUCACAAUGAGCUACCUUCUCCUGGUAAUAAAACGAGAAUAUUUUCUCCCUGGAAACAUUUUUGAACAAUGUUUCCUUCAGCUGAUGCAGAUUAAGUAGCUGAGUCUUGCCCAUUAAGCCUUUUCCCAAUGCCAGCAGCACAGCCUGUAUUAUUUGUUUUACCCAUUUCGGUGCAAGUUUCAGGAAAGAGAGAAAAAAAAGCUAAUCACACAACAUCCCUCCUCAAACAUUCAAAUCCGAAAUGAAAUCUAAUGUACCAGUCUCCGAAUGCAUAAACAAGCCCGGCUAGUUUGAAAAAUCUAGAGAGGGAUUUCCAUAUUUAGGCUGGCAUGUGUUGUCCUUGGCGCGAUGAAAUGAAAUCUGCUCCGCAUUGGAGAAAAAUGGGUUUCUCAGCCUGCCGCUGUGCCGUGACUGUGAAGCAGAGAGAGCUGAAUUCAGCACCAAGGACAGCGCCACUGCAGAGCGCUGCUACCCUGGGAAUGCUCUCUGCUGCGGGGAGGGAGAGCGCCGGAAAGUAGGCUACGCUGUUCUUUAUGGGGAAAUGGGAGACGGGCCUUAAAGGAGCAUUCCAGCAUGAUUGGAGUUUCUUUUACCCCUUUUGUCCACCCCUGGAUGGAUAAAGGUAUUUAAAAAUUUGGUUUUGCUAUAACUCUUCUGUUAUGUGAUUGCUUCAGUUUCAAAAAGACACGCAGAACAAUGUUAGUAGUGCUAGUUAAUCAUUGUGGCACAAGAGAGCACAAGAGACAUUUAUGCUUAGUAUCAAUAGCUAACAUCUGCAUACACUUUGCAUUUUACGCUAUGUCCGUACUUGCAUAGUGUUUAAAAUUAAACGUGGUAAUGUUAUUUCAAAUUGACCACAGCAAGCUGUAUACUUACCAGAAAUGAUGACUGGACAUUGAUCGGAGCCUGACUGAUCUAUCAGCGGGACGAUAUAAUCAGCCUUUUGGCGAUCUACUGGUAUUGGUGUUGAAAAUGUCUGAUAAAUUAAAAUUUAACAAAGAUCUGAUGGGAGAAACUCCAACUUCAACCAUGUUAUAAGUGUUGAUGAUUUGUCCACCAGAGGGCACUCUGCAAGUAACCUGUUGGCGACACAUGUUUGGAACACCACAAAUACGACAAUCAGCUGAUUCAGACAGAGACAGGCAGAGCGUAAACGGAUAAAUAAAUAACUACAUAUAACAAAUGUUAAAAGUCUGUUUAUAUUUCAUGUGUCUGACAAAAAAAAUAUUGGCAUAUAUAUAUUGGAAUUACAGAUUUUUAAAUUACCAAAUAUUGGCAUCAGUAUCAUAUAUCAGUGUAUAACAGUGAUUAUCCCACUAGCCGCUAUCUGUGAACAUUUACUACCCCCUUAGCCGGGGUCCUGCCAUGCCACCAUGACCCCGUCCUCUCUGUCCCCGUGUUUGUCAUCAGCAGAAAUUCCCGUGGUCACCGGGAAAGGUGAGAGCAGGUAAUGUUUUUCUGAGGCGAACAGGACCUCUGUGUUUUUCUGCAAUCUCCAUAAAGCUGUUUUGGCCAUGCGGCUCUAAAGUUAGACAGCACUCUGGCUCCACAGCCCAAUUGAUUUUACAUUAGCCGAGCUGAGCACAAUCCAUAUCGAAAAGGUCGUUUUUCAUCGGGGGCAGCUUUGGUCGGCUACACUACAUUUUAAGUCAUACUUGCCAUGCUUGCACCUCUGAAAAUAAAUUCUCAAUGGACGUGUUUUGUAAAUGUGCUAAAUGUUUGUAAUGCUUACACUUAAACACUCAUAGAUGUAUGUCAUAGAUUCAGAGGAAAUGGCAAAAGUCUAUAUAUUAAGAAGGAAACAAAGCAUCGUAUGGCGAAAAAUUCUGUAGCUUCCAUUUUAAUUUCCCUAUGUGCAGCCUGUCAGCAGUAGCUGGGUACCUUCUGCAGACACACACACAGUCUCUCCCCGCCUUGAAGAAGCAGUGCAGCUCCGCCGCGGGCCACCUCUGAAGGCUCGGCAGGUUAAUGAGAAGCAAGAGAGGUGAGGUGACGUGGCGUGAAAUAGAAACGCCAGGCGAGACGCGCUUUAACGCAACCUCAGGUCACGUCCACCAUGCACCCAAUCAGGAUGAAGUUAUUUCCCCACUGAAAGGGCAUCAUGCACCGUAAAUCCAGCUAAUGAUAAUAACAUCUGAGCAGUAAUGGUACAGGGAGCUGGCCUAAUGUACAGAGAAUGCUGUGAGGAUGAGACGGAGAAGGGAUUUAUUGCCAACCUCGAUCUGUAUUUAAAUGAUCUACGGAGAUACUUUUCACUUUCGUGUUCCUCAGAGCAACCUCGGAGAGAGUUUCAAUGACUAAGCUGCUGGCAUGCUGCUCAUAUACAUGUGUGGGAGGUGUGCUGGCUUUGGGAAAAUAGUUUAUGGAAACUGGGCUGUAGUUUCAAACUGCAACAGUAAGACUCAGCACAGGAAAAAAACUGUGUAACUACAGGGAGUGACUUCCAAAUUCAACGCUUUCUACCAAAUAAAUCACAACAUUAUUGCGUGAAAGCAAAAAACACACAUGUACUCAAUGAAACUCUGAAAAUGGCGCACAGGAGAAGCAGGUAUUUUCUUUUUCUAUGAUGUAAAUUAAAGCUUAGAGUAGAAGUAUUUUCUACUUUUCUUGGCAGGAAGCAACAAUCAGUUGUUUUUGCAGCAGUUGUUAGCAGAACAACAGCCGCACGAGUUUCUGUCAACGAUUUCCUUUGGAAACGGCAGACUCUCUUGUGUCUUCUUUUGAUUUCUAUUUGUUUGGUUUUGGCCUUAUUGGAACAACAACAACAAAUAACUCCUUCGCAAUAAUGUCCAACUGUGUUUUGCUGUGUACAAAAAGCCACAAGCGAGAAAUGGAGAGAGAAAGAGAAGCGGUCGGCUUUGGAAGAUUUGCAGAAUAACUCAAAGUAAAUGUUUCAAGGCAACAAAUGGCACAUUGGGUUUUAUUGGAAAGAAAUAUGAUCCUGGCUGCCUGGUCGGGGCUUUCCAAAAAGCAUGGAAAACCUAACGAGUAAAUAAAUGUUCCAUUUCUAUUCUUAGCUCAUCUACUGCAGACAGAAACCUCCAAAAAUAAAAUGCAUCUGCAGCCAAUUUAAUAAUUUGAUAAUUUAAUUAUAAAACCACCAGUUGAACAAGUUGCCGGUGCGACCUCUUCCCUUCCUCUCUCUUUUGCUCAAUCACUGCAUUGAUGGAACUGCCUAAUGGUAAACCACCUGCAUCAAUUAUUAAGUGAAAUAUUUUCAAUUACUCCGAGGCUGGAAGCAUGAUGUGGAUGAAAUUUGGCACUGGGUGAACCGCAGCAGUGUGCGAGGGAGGGUGAAACGUAUCCACGCACGAGAGUUGAAUGAAUCUAUUUCACACAGGAAACUGAUGCGGAUCCUUUUGGCACACAGUUCUCUUGUAUGCACAAUGAUAUGCGAGACUUGCCUAGUCACCUGUGUUUGGACAUGCUAGAUGGAACAGAGCAGUCACAAAUUAGGUGAGGAUAAUGUCACAUCCAGUACGGUUUCUAACAGACGGCCAGUGUUGCCAGUGGUACAGUUUGGCCCUUUAAUUGUAAUAGUAAAAGAAGAUCUGCACUAGCAGGGAUGUGGCUUUUAAACUCAUCUUCUUUCCUCUUAAAGGCUAAUCAAACCUACUAGAGAAUCAUGAAGCAGAACUGGAUUAAAGGGAAAUGAAUUUUGAGGUUUGUUUUAGACUCUGUAAGGGCCACCUAAAAAUUUCAACAUUUGAAAUUGUCUUGACUCCAGAUACACCAUGGGAACACCAGCAUUUACCAUUCUAAUCUGUUCAGUGCUUAUUUAUGAGGAAGAAAACAGGAAAACAUAAACAGUGUAAAAGAUGUAUGUAGCCACGUGACAUCACCUAGUGGUAGCCCUGUUUUGAACGUUUGCCAUUAUAAAGAAACCUAGUAAAGGAUUGGAUCAUUGGCUGAUGACACAUGGUUGAGGAGUUCAACCAAUGGGCAUAUCCUGGAUGACUCUCCUUUUUAACUAUAUAAGAAUAACCAAAAUCUACAAAAUGGCAUUCACGUUUUAUUCACUAUGAUCUGAAGCUAGGAACUGAGACCAUAAACUCAUAAGAAAAGAUUUUGCAGAGGUCACAGGAAAACUGAGGCGAGGACCAUUUUCCCAAAGACUCAAAUACAGCUCAACAAUGACUUUCAGGAAGUGAAAAUCCUACUCAUAUUCUCCAUAGGGAAUCUGACUAUGAGCCAUAAUGUGGAAACCAUCAAAAGUAGACUUAGUAUAAGCUAUGACAUUGUGAAACUAAGGCGUGUGCUCCUGUAAAACCCACAACUUUCCUACAGUUUCCUAAACCCAAACAGCAACAUAUCUAAAUGUGGAAUUCAAUGAUACCAUGGAAAUUUUUAAAUUAGCGAACGCCACAUUACUUAGUCUACAUCCACAUGCACAUGGAUAUCUUUAAAAACAUGGAUUUUUUCAAGUUUGUUUUCAAAAACAUCUCUGUACUCAAGUUCCAUCAAGAGGAUGCCAAAGCAACACUUGGCGAUAUCCAUAAACCCUAACGAUAUGGAAAUGUUGGCAAGUCAGAAGCUCACAAACAAUAACAUGGCGCACAGUCUGACAUCCAGAAAGGAGAUAAAGGCUAAAGAGAUAAAGAUAAAUAUCUUUGAUGCUCCGAAACAAAAGCUCAGUUUUUCUUGUCCCCAUGUAGUCGCAGAAACAAAGUUUCUGAAAGUCUUCACCCUGGCAGGAGUUCUUCAAAAUCUCAAUAUUCAGUGAUCCAAUAUGCCAUUUACAUGAGGACAGAAAAUGAACAGAAAAAAAAUAUGGUUACCAAAAUACACACACACAUGUGGACAUUGCCUAGGUGAGCAUAAACUUUCAGAAUCCAUGAUAGCACUGAGGAAUGAAGCACUAUACCGUACGAGGACAGGUUAAAAGAUGAUUGUAGUUACCGGUGUUUUCUGAAGUCCUGUUUUAAAGCCUCGUGUUGUAGCCAUCUUGGUUUAAAAGUACUGUACUCAUAUCCAUGAAUCUAGCAUCCUGUUAGCUAUCUUGCAAACUAGCUUGCUAGCUAUUAAUAGGCUAGCUACCUUCAACUACUUCCUUUGCCUUCACAAACUCUUUUUAUUCAAUUGAAUUAAAUACAGUUUAAACAACAAAAAAACUCAUGGUGUAAACAGCUCAUUAAAGAUGAAGAAAACAGAUGCUUAGAGAAAUAUUGUGACUAACUAGCAUUAGCAGGUUGCCAGCUAGCGCUAGCAUGUCAACAUCUCAGUAAGUUACAUAUUAAUCUCAUAUUUUAUGAAAUAAAACCACAUAAAUUUUACUUUUUUGUGUGACCAAAGCCUAAAGAUGGAACCUCUUUUUAAAAAAUUGUCAGUGGAUAACAUAAUUCUCAGUGUGUUUCAAAAUUUUGUGACCUCAAGUCUCCAAUUGAAAAGCUGUGUUGGAAAUUUAAGGAUUUCAGUUUUACACUUUCACAGUACUAUUUAGGGAGUUUUUGGGUGUCCAAAAAACUAAAGCAAAGCUCACACUGUUCAUUUGAUCCAACUCUGCAUAAAAUCUUAAAUAUAAAUAUAUAUUUAAUUGCUAUAUAUAAAUAUAACAAGCCUGCUGAAAUCCAAACACAGCGGCGACUAAUCAGUCGCUGUGAAUUCCAGCUGUAUUUUAAAAACUGUCCCAUCUGGCAUGUCCAUCAAGCGGUUGUUUUAACAAUUAAUAAGACUCAUCUGUGAAUAUGCCACUACUCAGUCUACCAUUCCUGGGACAGGAGCGGAGCGACCACUCACUGUGUGUUUGUGUAUGUGUGUGUGUGUGGGUUUAACGCGUGUGCCCGGGAUCAUAGCCAAUUGUAAUGAACCAUAGCAACUCUCACUGUAAACACAAACACGCAGAAUGGUUUUUGUCAGCCGCUAUACAGGACUUAUAAUUCAGUUUUUAAAAAGAAAAGAAGAGCGUGUAGAGCGCAUGUGUGCGUGCGUGCGCGCGUGUUAUUUUUCUUAUGCAAUGCUGUACAGAAAUGUAUAUUUUUGUAAUGUUCAUCAGGGCAUGAGUUACAAGACAUGGUCGCUGCUGUGAGUCUGUUGUGAGUGUGUGUUUCUUCCUAUUCUUCUGUGUUCUUCCUAUAAACAAACGUCAAAAGUUUCUUUGGGGGGGAAAGUUGUGUGUUGGAUAUGCUUAAAAAAGUGCCAUAAUUUUUGACUUUCUAGUGUCUUAUUUUUUGGUUUGUAUAUAUCUUAAGUUAAUCAGAGGGCAAAGACGCAAAGUCGUUAGAACCAGUAAAUCUUUCCGAUCUAUAUAUACUUAUUUUUUGCUCUAACUGCAGACUCGCCUCCGAAAACACAAGUCUCGAUACAGAUUGCAGUAAAGUGAAGGGGGGGAGCACUCGCACUGAUCGACAGGGAGACGGAGAGUUCGUGAGCAGCAGUUUUACGUCACAGAGUCAGGGCUCCGGUGACGUCAUAUUGUCUGAGUCGUGUCUAAGGGAGCAGGUCGUUUCAAAGACACCCCCUCCUCCGUUUGAAAAAACCGUCACUUUUUCCUCCUCCCCAUCGCUUUCACUUGCCUGCCACUUUUCCCCCCGUCUUCUUUAGAAAACACCCUUUUUUCCUCAUUUCUUUCUAUCAAUCUUUUUCACUCCCCCUCCUCUUCUUUCCAUUCAGCCCAUCUUUGCCAUCCUCAACUCCUUCCUCCCACCUCCCUCUGUCUCUUUCUCUUGUCUAACAUUUUGCUAUCCGUGGCCUGCAGGAAGCUAGUCGGUCAGGCGCCGUCUAAAAAUAGUCCCCACCGAAAGCAGAUUAAAAAGAAAAAGAGGAAUAGAAAAGAAAAAGGAGGGGUGGGAGUAAAUAAGUAGAAAUGAACCAGGGGGCAGAGGCAAACCUUCACUUUGCUGCGGUAGACAGAAAAACAUUGCCGGUCUUCGUUUUCUUCGUUCUUGUGUGUCUAUUUUUAUAUACAGUCUCCUUAUCCAUCCUUUAAAGCCUCUUUUAUUUUCUUGUGAGCACAAGCAUUUACAUGAAGGUUCUGUUUAUUUGUGGUUUUUUGAAAAAAGCAGGGUUUGGGGCGAGUGCCUACAGCAAAUAAGCAGGACCAGCUCAACUGUCAGUCAGGCUUAUAAUGUUUCCCCUCUGUAACCUACAACCUGGCAGAGAUUGUCAAUCGAUUUCAAAAAAACCAUUACAGAGCUAAUUUUCUAUCGGACCGAGUAUGGCCUUCACGGACAGAAAAAGACGUAGUUUUACGCAUCGAUGCUGUUGGUCCCGAUGAGAAACAGCACCGAGCGUGUUAUUGGGUAACGAUACUGUGAUGUCAGAGACCUAAUAUGAUGUUCUUGAAUCAUUCUUCCUGGAUUUCUAUGAUUUCUUACUGUGUUUCCUUUGAUUUUUGCUCCUCUCGGGUCUGUGCGGCAACACGGUCGGCUCAUGAUUAAAAAGUACAAAUGCACUUUAUAAGAUGGACAUGUUACACAUUGCACUUGUAAAUGUCGAAUGUAAAACCUUGAAGAGAAAGAUUUAUUUUUACUAUUGUAAAUAAAUGAAAAGAGAAACAAUGAAAAAAAAAGACUGCAAAAAUUAAAAGAAGAAAAAGUGGAGAAUCAUUUGCCAAAUAAAAUGAAAAGAAUAAAAAAGGGAAAAA